AAUAAUAAUGGCUACCAGACAAAGUCUCUUUUUUGACUCACAGUAACCGGUCACUCUUGAUAUAAUUAAACCUUUUCAACAGCUUCAAAUUUAUUACUCUACCGACAGCUACCUCUUCACUUCACUUCAAUUCUUGAUUUUUUGCUGGGAAAUCAUGAAGCAGAUUCUUGAACUGCUAUGACGAACUAUUAAUUUUGAGGUGAACGUUAAGAAUGAAGUACAGCGAGGACCUUCAAUAUCUGCGUCAAGUUGGUAAAAGGAAAUGGAUUUUGGUAGUGGUUUUGGUGGCGUUGACGCAUCUAUUUUGUCAGACCUUGAUGCUUCCUUAUGGAAAUGCUCUUUGUUCUCUGUUACCUCAGAGCAAGAUUCUGGUAGCCGAGAAGAUAAGCUUGUCGAAUAGAGAAUCUUCUUCUGUCGUUGAAUCUGCAAAGGUUGGUGAAAGCCUUUCAGGAACGCUUUCAAACUUCGAUGACGUAAUGAGUGAAGAUGAUGAAAUUGAUGUGAGAGUUAUAAAUGAGAAGGAUGAGGUGAAACUGCUUAGCAAUCGUUCAGUUGUCAAAUCCCUGGAAAACGACUCCGAUUUUGUUGAAGAUGCAAUCAUUGAGAAUGAUGAUGAUCUAUUUGAUGAUGCGGUGGACAUGGAUGAGGAAACUACAAUUCAGAACGGUGUAAAUCAUGGUAGUGGUUCUGUACUGCAAAAGAACGAUGAAUCUAGACGGAACCUUUCUUUAGAGCAGGUUGUAAAACCAAAUGGUGAACUUUCAGCAGACUCCCAGUUAGAUGCAAAUCGAAAUAGCGUGCUUAAUGAUACUAAAGCUGCACGUGCAACUAACUCGUCGUCUGUGGUUGCUUCAAACCAUCUAGAUAACUUGUCAUUGGCUACCAUAGCUGAUAGUAACGAAUCUUCAACCGGAGAUUUGACUCGACUUCUCCCAAAUCAUUCGUUGGUGCAAAGUGAUACCCAUAUCUCAGGCAAUGGGCUUAUGAUGAUGAAUAGUACAGUCAAAAAGAAGAUGAGAUGCAUGUUGCCACCAAAAACAGUAACCUCAAUCUCUCAGAUGGAAAGCUUACUGGUCAGGCAUCAUGCUCGUUCACGUUCUAUGAGACCUAGGUGGUCCUCGCAACGUGACAAGGAAAUUCUGGCUGCUAGGUUACAGAUUGAGAAUGCUCCACUUCUGAGGAAUGAUCGAGAACUUUAUGCUCCUGCCUUUCGAAAUAUGUCCAUGUUCAAAAGGAGCUAUGAACUCAUGGAGAGGAUUCUCAAAAUUUAUGUCUACAAGGAAGGUGAGAAGCCCAUUUUUCAUCAACCAAUAAUGAAAGGAUUGUAUGCAUCGGAGGGAUGGUUCAUGAAACUAAUGGAGGGAAACAGUAAGUUUGUCGUGAAGGAUCCCCGAAAAGCUCACUUGUUCUACCUGCCUUUUAGCUCAAGGAUGCUGGAGCAUUCUCUAUAUGUUCGUAAUUCUCAUAAUCGAACAAACCUACGUCAGUAUUUGAAGGAAUACUCAGAGAAGAUUGCAGCAAAAUACCGUUUCUGGAACAGAACUGGCGGGGCUGAUCAUUUUCUCGUUGCAUGUCAUGACUGGGCUCCGUAUGAAACGAGGCAUCACAUGGAGCACUGUAUCAAGGCCCUCUGCAACGCUGACGUAACCUUAGGCUUCAAAAUAGGAAGGGAUGUAUCCCUACCGGAAACAUAUGUCCGGUCUGCCAGAAAUCCUCUUAGAGAUCUCGGAGGGAAACCACCAUCUCAAAGGAAAGUUCUCGCAUUCUAUGCUGGGAAUCUACAUGGAUACUUGCGUCCAAUCUUGCUCGAGCAUUGGAAGGACAAAGAUCCCGAUAUGGAGCUCUUUGGUCCAAUGCCAAGUGGUGUUGCUAGCAAAAUGAACUACAUUCAGCAUAUGAAGAGCAGCAAGUUCUGCAUUUGUCCGAAGGGCUAUGAAGUUAACAGCCCGAGAGUAGUAGAAGCCAUAUUUUACGAGUGUGUGCCCGUCAUUAUAUCAGACAACUUCGUGCCUCCCUUUUUUGAAGUAUUGAAUUGGAAUGCAUUCUCGUUAAUCCUAGCUGAGAAGGACAUUCCGAACUUGAAAAGCAUACUUCUCUCCAUACCGGAAAAGAAGUAUCUCGAUAUGCAACUUGCUGUCAGGAAGGUUCAGCGCCAUUUCCUUUGGCAUGCAAAGCCGGUAAGAUAUGACUUGUUUCAUAUGACGCUUCAUUCAAUUUGGUACAACAGAGUUUUCCAAACAAAAGCAAGAUGACAAGAGCGAAGGAUGUUUGUAAGUUGCUCCAUAUGCAAGUCUAUAUGCUAUCUGAUUCACAAGUUUGGAUACAUUAUAUGGUUAAAGUUGCUUCCUACUACGAUGCUCGGGUUCUUCAACAAUGCCACAGGUGCGCGUUGGAUCCUCCAAAAGUAAGUGCAUUGCGGGUGCAACGAGAGUUCGAGCAACAUAGAUUUUCUACUGCUCCUCCGAAAAAGAUUUGUCAUAAUUUUGAUGAGCUUUUGAGAGGAACUUUUGCCUUGUAUAUUGUAGUUGUAUCACAAUCUUCUUGUUGCAACUUUGAGAAGUGACCAACUUCUAAAUCAAAGUCACAAAAUGGCUAUUUGUGCACAUUGGGACAUUUACAAAAGUGGCCCUUUCAAGGUCUCAAGAAUGUUUUGUCUUCA